UCUUCUGAUCCUCCCUUCUGACCAUUUAAAUUCUCCACUGUCCAUCACCGAGAAGGUACUUUACUGGAGUAUUAUAUUAAUAUGUGUCACCGGCGAGACCCAAACCAUAGAAGUUCCACAAGCAUUAUCAAUCCAUUCACGAGAAAUCUUCGAAAAAUUGAGAAGAAAGUGACCGCUUGACCCAUUCUCGUGAACCCAUUUGCCCUCAGAUCAGCUUGCGGUCGGUGAAAACUCCUUAAAUUCGAUGAAUAACUCAAACUCUGUCCAAAAAUCAACAAGGCUUCAUUCUCUCUGUGCCCAUCUUUCAAUCCCUCAUACCCAUUUGUUGAGAUGAUCAAAAGACCAUGACGACGUCAGUUGCUACAUCAUUAAGCAGGGAUAUCUUCUAUGACAUAUUGAAGCGCCUUGAUGGUGCGACUUUGGCAAGUGCAGCAUGUACUUGUGCAGCAUUUAGUUCCAUCUCAAAAGAAGAGAAGCUAUGGGAGAAUGUAUGUUCUUCUAUGUGGCCUUCAACCAACAGGGAAGAUGUCAAAAAUUUAAUAUCAUCAAUUGGUGGAUUCAAGAAGUUUUAUGCAGAUUGUUUUCCUCUUAUAGUAAACAAGGAAGUUCCUGAGUUUCGAUGGAAUGACUACCUUGAGUAUCCUGAAGAAUGGACUGAGGCUGAAUACUAUGGUGAUGUGGGUGAAUUUGAAAGCAUUUCACCGUCAGAUUUCGUCAUUAUUGUAGAUAUCAGAUAUAAAGACAAAACAUUUUGCUCGAAAGUCCUUUCUGGCAUUCCUAAUGCAAAUGGCUUCAAUGGUUGGUUCUACAACUGCCCCUUCCGUGUCGAUCUUCUUACCUAUUCAGCAAGAGAUGAUGACCACGAAGGUGAAGUUACUCUUUCGGUUUCUGAUGGUUUGCCACUGAUUACAUCCAUGGAAAAAGAGAGGAAAGAUGGGAAGCUCUGGCAGGAGCUCUGCGAUGGAAUCCGGCUUAGUUGGAUUGUAGUGAACAGAAAAAUAAAGCAAGCAGCUAAUCUUUCAAGCUGGAGCCCCCUUGGCGGGCAAAGACAUUGGCCAACAGACAAGGACUUCUUGAUACGCUUUGGAUCCAUUCUUCCUGCCAAAGAUAUUCUUCCAUGUCAAGUAGUGGAAUGCAUCCUGAUUAUGAAGUUCAGAGUGAUCCAUACUGAAGGCGAGGGUGUCCAGACGAGUCUCAAAUUGACAGAGCUAAGCAUGCAGUUGGGAGAUAUGGAAGGUGCUCAUGUUAAUGGAAGAAACAGUUUGCUCGUCCUGAAAGAAGCAUUGAGCUGCCGUAGGAGCAAAAAUUACAGUGAAGCCCUCGAGUCAUGCCACUUGUACUCAAAAGUGCAGAGCGAGUUAAGGGAAGAGAAGAUGAGGAACGAAAGCUUGUUAGACAGACUUUGUAUCUUGAGCGGUAUUGCAGCGUUUUUCACAUUCUGGUACUGCUUUUUGUGAAAUGGAAAAUAAUCACUGCGAUUUGAACAGAGUGUAAAUUCUUUCUUGUCUAACAAACACCCAAGGUUUGCACUCUUGUGAUGUAAAAUUCAAUUUUGGUCAACUAAUAAGAACUCCCCUAUCUUGUUUCUCAAGUCGGAUGAGAAAGAAAGGCUUCAGGUAUAUAUGUAUUAGAACUCAGCUUUUGUUCUGUUGUGCUUUAA